UCUUUGGUCCUAACGGUCGUCAUUUCCUGUAGUUGUCCACAGAGAUGCCUGCGUGAAGAAGCAUCGAGGCUACGGGCCACGUUUUUGAUAAAGAUGUGUUGUUAAUUUUUGGUCCGCGUUUUCGGUCAAGAAAAUGAGUGGCGGGUUUAACUUCGGGCAGCCCUCUACGGGCUUCACUUUCGGAGCUCAGAAGACCACAACCGCAGCCUCCGCCACCGGUUUUGGGCUGACAAGCUCCGCACCUGCAGCCUCAGGAGGAGGCUUCACCUUCGGCACUCCCACCCAGCCCAACUCCAACGCUACCGGCGGUUUUAGCUUCGGUACCCCGGCGAAGAGCACAGCAGCCGGCGGAGGCUUCUCAUUUGGGACCCCCACCACCUCCUUUGGUCUGGGUACGGCUCCUCAAACCACGACAGCGGCAGCAGGGUUGACUUUAGGCUCCACGGCAGCUCCAACUGCGGGGUCAGGGUUCACCCUGGGCGGCGGUUUGUCCGCACAGACAAGCGCUUCCGCCCCUGCAGGUGGGGGUUUCACCUUUGGGACUGCUCCUCAGGCUCAAACCCAACUUGCUCCAGCAGCAACAAUCGCACCAGCAGCAACGACAGCAGCAGGCGGCCUCUCGUUUGGAGCUUUCAGCUUUGGAGCUACAAAGGUCCAGGCGACCACAGCUGCAGCAUCUACUGCUCCCACAGGAGGAGGCUUCAGCUUUGGCGCCAGUGCUCCCUCCACCCUCACCUUAGGCUCCCAGCCUCAGCCAGCCCCCACAGCUGCAGCCACAACGGUGCAGGGUGGAGGAUUUACCUUUGGGAUUAAACCUUCAUCAACCCCAGCUCCUCCUGCAUCUACCCAGUCAGCCCCAGCUUCAGGUCCCUCUCUCUUUGCAACACCCAUCACUACAACUGCUGCUACUGUCCCUGCAACAGGUUCAGGAUUUACUUUGGGUGCAGCAGCUCCAACUCCAGCAGCAAGCACUGCUCCUGCAACAACCACAGCAGCUGGUGGAGGUAUGCCUUUCAUGCUCAAACCUCUGGGGCCAGUUACUGCCACCUCCACAUCUGCCCCUGCCUCUACUGCCACAACUGCACCUGCCACAACAGGUGUUGCUACAGGCUUCACACUGGGACUCAAACCUGUAUCCAGCACAAGUACCACAACAACUACUGCAGCCACAACGAUAACUACAACCACGGCUCCUCCAGUGAUGACCUAUGCUCAGCUAGAGGGCCUCAUCAACAAGUGGAGUCUUGAGCUUGAGGACCAAGAGAGACACUUCUUACAGCAGGCAACUCAGGUGAACGCCUGGGACCGCAUGCUGGUGGAGAAUGGAGAGAAGAUCACGUCCCUGCAUAAGGAGAUGGAGAAGGUGAAGCUGGACCAGAGGAGGCUGAACCAGGAGCUGGAUUUCAUCCUGUCCCAACAGAAGGAGCUGGAGGACUUACUGUGCCCACUCGAGGAGUCAGUGAAAGAGCAGAGCGGAACCAUCUACAUGCAGAACGCAGACGAGGAGCGUGAAAGAACGUACAAGCUUGCAGAGAACGUGGAUGCGCAGCUGAAGAGGAUGUCACAAGACCUGAAGGAGAUCAUCGAGCACCUCAACACAUCCAGUGGCCCUGCAGACACCAGUGAUCCACUUCAGCAGAUCUGUAAAAUCCUCAACGCCCACAUGGAUUCACUUCAGUGGAUUGAUCAGAAUUCAGUCCUCCUGCAGAGACGAGUGGAGGAGGUGUCCAAACUGUGUGACAACCAGCGCAAGGAGCAGGAGAAAACCUUUCGCUUAACAUUUGACUGAUCUGGAAUAAAUAUGUUGGCUUAUAAAUCAACAUUGUUCUAAUUUUUCAGUAGUUGUGAACAGGGAUGUUUUUAUGUAGGUGUUAAGAUAUUUUGGAUUUGCAUUCAUCACAAUUCCUGUCAAACUGUCAAACUGCUUUUUCCUACAGCUGUUUGGAGUGUUUUGGUUGCAUAAAGAUUAUUUUCAGUGAAAUAGUUUUUAUAUAGAACAGUGAAAAUUUUCCCAUGUAAAUGCUUUGCUUGUUCUGAAGAAUAUGAUUAAAUAAACCUUUGGAUUAAG